UCUUGACAAAUUUCAUUAGACUUUUAUUUCACGGCCAGCCCAUCCCUUCUACAGUAACCCUUUCCCUUGCCCAUGAGGGACACAGGACAAGAGUGACUGGCCUUCAAUAAGCACCUGCUCACCCCUGCCUUGAAGGUUGCUGCUUGGACUACCUUCUGUUUGCAUGUUGUCACAACAGAAGCAGAACUACUUCUCAUUGAUGCUCUUACUUAAAUCCAGAAAUCAAUAUGCAGAACAAGCACUCAGUUGUCGGUAUUCAGUUUCUCUUGUGGUUUCUUCUGCUCUGCAUGCUUAUUAGGAAGUCACACACUGAAGAAGAUAUGAUAAUCACAACCAAGACUGGGAAAGUCAGAGGGAGGAGCUUAUCAGUUCUUGGUGGCACUGUCACUGCUUUUCUGGGAAUUCCUUAUGCCCAGCCACCUAUUGGUACACUUCGAUUCAAAAAGCCACAACCCCUGAAUAACUGGUCUGACAUCUGGAAUGCCACAAAAUAUGCAAAUUCUUGCUAUCAGAACAUUGAUCAAAGCUUCCCGGGCUUCCCUGGAUCAGAGAUGUGGAAUCCAAACACAGACCUCAGUGAAGACUGCUUAUAUCUGAAUGUGUGGAUUCCGGCACCUAAACCAAAGAAUGCCACUGUAAUGAUAUGGAUCUAUGGUGGUGGUUUUCAAACUGGGACAUCCUCUUUACAUGUCUAUGAUGGCAAGUUUCUGGCCCGGGUUGAAAGAGUUAUUGUGGUUUCAAUGAACUAUAGGGUGGGUGCACUAGGAUUCUUGGCCUUACCUGGAAACCCAGAGGCUCCAGGAAACAUGGGCUUAUUUGAUCAACAAUUGGCUCUUCAGUGGGUCCAUAAAAAUAUAGCAGCCUUUGGUGGAAAUCCUAAAAGUGUGACUCUCUUUGGAGAAAGUGCAGGAGCAGCUUCAGUGAGCCUUCAUUUGCUCUCUCCUAGAAGCCACCCUUUGUUCACCAGAGCCAUUCUUCAAAGUGGAUCCUCCAAUGCCCCUUGGGCGGUAAUGUCUCUUUAUGAAGCCAGAAAUAGAACCUUGACCUUAGCUAAAUUUAUUGGUUGCUCCAGAGAGAAUGAGACUGAGAUAAUAAAAUGCCUUCAAAAUAAAGAUCCCCAGGAAAUUCUUCUCAAUGAAGUAUUUGUUCUCCCCUAUGAUACUCUCUUGGCAGUAAAAUUUGGUCCCACUGUGGAUGGCGAUUUCCUCACUGACAUGCCAGACACAUUACUCCAACUUGGACAAUUCAAAAAAACUCAGAUAUUAGUGGGUGUUAAUAAAGAUGAAGGGACAGCUUUUCUAGUAUAUGGUGUUCCUGGUUUCAGCAAAGAUAACAAUAGCAUCAUAAACAGGAGGGAAUUUCAAGAAGGUUUAAAAAUAUUUUUUGAAGGAGUGAGUGAAUUUGCAAAGGAAUCAAUUCUUUUCCACUAUGCGGAUUGGUUAGAUGAUCAGAGACCUGAAAACUACCGUGAGGCCUUGGACGAUGUUGUUGGCGAUUAUAAUAUCAUAUGUCCUGCCUUGGAGUUCACCAAGAAGUUCUCAGAAUUGGGAAAUAAUGCCUUUUUCUACUACUUUGAACACCGAUCUUCUAAACUUCCUUGGCCAGAAUGGAUGGGAGUGAUGCAUGGCUAUGAAAUUGAAUUUGUCUUUGGUUUACCUCUGGAAAGAAGAGUGAACUACACAAGAGCUGAGGAAAUUUUGAGUAGAUUCAUAAUGAAAUGUUGGGCAAAUUUUGCAAAAUAUGGGCAUCCAAAUGGGACCCAGAACAAUAGCACAAGGUGGCCAGUCUUCAAAAGCACUGAACAAAAUUAUCUAACCUUGAACACAGGAUCGCCAAGAGUGCACACUAAACUACGUGCUCAACAAUGCCGAUUCUGGACACUGUUUUUUCCCAAGGUCUUGGAAAUGACAGGAAAUAUUGAUGAAGCGGAACAAGAGUGGAAAGCAGGAUUCCAUCGCUGGAACAAUUACAUGAUGGACUGGAAAAAUCAAUUUAAUGAUUACACUAGCAAGAAAGAGAGCUGUAUGGGUCUCUAAUUAAUAGAUUUACCCUUUAGAGAAUGUUCAUUUUCCUCUAGAUGAAGGUAAAAUAUCAGUAGCUCUCUACACACCUUCUAAGAAAGCUAUUAUAUAGCUGAAACAAAAAUGCCAGAAGGAUAAUAUUGAUUCCUCACAUCUUUCACUUAGUAUUUUGCCUAGCAUUUCAAAACCCAAAUGGUUAGACCACGUUUAAUUAAAUUUCACCAUAUGAAGUUUGACAAUUAAUUAUAUGCACAUUAAAAUAAUGUGCUGCUUUAGUCUUUCUUUCCCGAAUAACAAAGUUUUUUCCUAAAAAGUAUGUAUUCUGUUUUUAAUGGCAUAUAUAUUUUCAUUAUUAUUCAUGAAAAACAAUCUCUUUAAAAUGAAUAAAAUCUUGAAACUCUGGACACUAUACUUUACAGUACUGUUUCUUCUAAUCAAUUGGCAAGCUUAAUGUCAAUGUGAGGGCUGGGGAUAUACCUCAGUUGGUAGAGUGUUUGCCUCACAAGCACAAGGCCCUGGGUUCAAAUCCCCAGCACUGCAAAAAAAAAAAAAAAAAAAAUGAAUGUCAAUGUGAGGUAUCAAAAUAAGUACAGACAAUAAUUGCCCCUCUUAUUUGUGUUACAAAGACAAGAGAAUCUUAAAAUGAGAGGUUGAACAUCUUGGAAACACCAACUAUAAAAGCAAACUGUUGCCACCAAGAGAUGAAAUCAAGGAGUUUAUCUUUUUAAUUCAAGAAUAAACUUGAUAUCCAAAGUGGGAGGACUGGUUCAUGGGAUAAUUCCAUGUGCCUAGGAUUUGUCAUAUGAGGCACAUGUUAAUGAUGUUUCCCUAAUUACCCAUCUCACAGAUGUCCUCUUAAAGGGCCUUUGAUGCUAAUGAACAGGCAUUAUCCUAUUUCAUCAAUCAGAAAAUUCUACACCAAAAGACCUAAAUGAUUCAGAAAAAAAUACUGGAAUCCUGGAAGAAUGACCUCUGAAACCACGAUUUUGGUGUAGAAUAGAAAGCAUGAUGAUUCAACUUCCCUUUGUGUGAUUGUUUCUUAUCAGAAUGAGGAAGAAAAUAUAAAGCAAAAAUGUCCAUUUAUCAUAUAACUUACAUGAUAACAAAACUAACUUGGCUUUUGUCACAAUUAUUUUUAAUGUAACAUGAACUCUGAGUGACUCUUUGAGUGAUGGCCAUUAAAAGGGCAAUUUAGAUGCAGAUUCUAAUUCAGGGACUCCAAGACAAAAUAGAACCUUGUGCAUGAAGAUAUAGAAAUCAUUGUCUGACUUCUCCUUGGAUGUUUAUAUUUCAGCUGGCUUAUGAUAAAAGAUUUGGUAAGUUGAAAUAUCAAGGUUAAUGUAAAGUCCUUUACCAGCAUAUACACAGACUCAUGGAAGUUAUUGUUUAAUUUUGGUACAUGCCUCACAAACUGAUAAUUAUAACUGUCUGCAAGAAAGUAAGUAUUACUUACUAAUCCUAUUAGUGUCAGGACAUUAGCUUGAUCAAUUAUUUAUAUACUGAAAAACAUAUUUUAUGGUUUGGUGUUCAACAUACUUGUAACGACUAAGGUAACAAGUCAUAUACCUUAAAAUAAACAAAAUUAUAACUAGUUUUAGUUUUCCAAAAAUUGGCUAUGGAAUGUUUUCUGCAAAAAGAGUAUAAUUGUAAAAGUAAACUAAUUUCUGGCCAAUUUUAAACUAAAUUUCAUGAAUAAAUCUUAACAUAAUUUCUCCUGUGACAUGUUUUGCAAAGUAUUCUAAUAAAUGUAACCUUCUAUAUAUCUCUGAAUAGGUUAAUAAACUCAAUAGUUAGUGAAAUUUCCUGCUACAGCUUUAGCAAUACUGAGUUUAAACUGUUCUCUUUCAGAGACAGUUUAUUUUAAAAUGAAGAUGUGCAGGUAGAAAAAGAAACUUAGUUUUUGUUAGAUCUACCUAAUGUAAAUCAAAGGAGGCACUAUCAACUUUCAGACUAUGGAAAAUUAAAGCAAAAGCACCAGAUUUAAAAAUAAACACACACACACACACACACACACACACACACACACGGACACAUACUUACAUAAAUUUCUACAUACAAGAGUUUAUUAGCAUCUAGCCUAUAAUGAUAGUAAAGAAAUUCCCUAAAUAACCUCAUGCAGAAGAAAAAUCAGAGUAUGAGAG